AUGGAAGACAGGACAGUAGUUGUUUACGGGGAGAAGGACUGGAAGAAGGAUGAGAUCAUCGAGACCAGGAUAGACCUGUCCUAUCCAGUAUCACCAACAGAUUCAGACCUCUCCUCCAUCCCCUCCCCAUUGAAAGAGAAAGCAGACCUCGAAGCCCAGACCACACCAAAAGAGGAACCAUUACGAAAGCGCCUCGGCUUUAUCCGGUACACAGCCCUCAACGUCUACCGCCGCCUAUUCACCCUCGCUUUCAUCGGCAACAUUAUUCCUCUGAUCAUCUACCUUGUCAGAGGUGCCGAGCCUCUCGACUUGGUCAAUGCCUCAGCCAUCAACCUCGCUGUAUGUGGCCUCUGCCGGCAACCGCUCGUCCUCAACCUGCUCUACCUCAUCUUUGGUUCUGUCCCGCGUUCAGCCCCGACAACAAUCAAACGCCUCGCCUGCCGCAUUUUUCACCUCGGCGGUGUCCACAGCGGCACUGGCGUCGCUUCCCUCAUCUGGUACAUCGGAUUCGCGGGCACCUACACCUACCAAUUCAACCCCACCACCGCCAACCCUAUAAGCAUUGCCGUCCUAGCCUUGAUCUACUCCGUCUUCGCCCUCCUCCUCUCCAUCAUCGUGGGGCCCACCCCACCAUCCGAGAAAACACCACGACGUCUUCGAGCUAGUCCACCGCUUCGCCAACUGGGAAUUCUCGCCCUCUUUGGGUGGUAA